CUCUAUUAGACACGUUUAUAGUAUCUGCUCUCAGUACAUUUGUCAGAAGCUUGCGAAGAAACCACAGAGUGCCAGCGUGAACAGCAAAAAAAGAGAAGUCAAGAGAAGCAAAGCAAAAUGGUGUCGGCUGGUAUGCAGAUGCUGGGCGCUGCCUUGGGCCUCAUUGGCUGGAUCGGUGUUAUCGUGGUCUGCGCUCUGCCUAUGUGGAGGGUCACGGCUUUCAUUGGCAGCAACAUCGUCACAUCGCAGAUCAGCUGGGAAGGCAUAUGGAUGAACUGUGUGGUUCAGAGCACAGGACAGAUGCAAUGCAAGGUAUACGACUCCAUGCUGGCACUGAGCUCGGACCUUCAAGCCGCACGUGCUCUCACAGUCAUCUCCAUCGUGGUGGGCAUCCUGGGCAUCCUACUGGCAGUGGCUGGAGGAAAGUGCACCAACUGUGUGGAGGAUGAAAAGUCCAAGGCAAAGGUUGCUGUGACAGCGGGCGUGAUCUUUAUAAUCUCAGGGGUAUUGUGUCUGAUCCCUGUUUGCUGGACUGCCCAAACCGUCAUUAGGGACUUCUACAACCCACUGGUCAACCAGGCACAGAAGAGGGAACUGGAACAUACUUCAACAAUGGUAUCCCAAGGUCUCCAAAUACUGGGUGUUAUGCUGUCCCUGAUAGGAUGGCUCGGAACAAUCAUCACCUGCGCUCUGCCUAUGUGGAGAGUGACAGCUUUCAUUGGAGCGAACAUUGUCACUGCGCAAAUCAUCUGGGAGGGGUUAUGGAUGAACUGUGUGGUUCAAAGUACUGGACAGAUGCAGUGUAAAGUCUACGACUCCCUACUGGCUCUUCCUCAAGACCUUCAGGCGGCUCGAGCUAUGGUUAUCAUCUCCAUCAUUGUAGGCAUUUUCGGUGUGCUAAUGGCUGUGAUUGGUGGAAAGUGUACCAACUGCACGGAGGACAAAGCAGCAAAAGCAAAAGCCUGCAUAGUCUCAGGGGUGAUCUUCCUCAUCGCUGCCUUUCUCAUCUUAAUACCUGUGAGUUGGUCUGCCCAGACCCUCAUCAGGGACUUCUACAACCCCCUGGUGUUAGAAGCCCAGCGUCGAGAGUUAGGAGCUUCUCUGUAUAUUGGCUGGGGAUCUGCAGCUCUACAGCUGCUGGGGGGAGGACUGCUAUGCUGGAAUUGCCCUCCAAAGGAGAACCAUUCAUACCCAGCAACCAAAUAUGUCCCUACUAGAUUAUUGUCCCCAGGUAUGAAUUAUGUUUGAGCGACAUGGCACAUGUUUCCAUGGGAACUCUACAACAAAAGUGGAUUCAUCAACUGUGCUAACUAUGUCUCCAGGAAAGUCAUGUAUUUCUAUUCUUUUGA